AUCGACACGACGACACGUCCCAUUCUCUCUCCAACUCCUCCCAUUAAUGGCGUACCUUCCUUCCUCGCAACCCCAAUUCACUCCCUCCUCAGAAAUGCUCAUAAAACACCUCUGAACCCACUCCCAAAAGCUCCUCCACCUAUCCAUGGCGUCUUAUAUAGAAUUCGAUAGAUUCCCUCUUUCACUAUCAUCUCUCUGUGCUUGCCACUCGCGUCGUCUUUCAACAUCGUCCAAAACCCUAAUUCUUUGUCGACCCAAUUCGUCCAAUACCAAUCUCAAGCUGUUCUUCAACGGCGCCGGAGGUAGUUUUAGAAUUCCCCGUGGCAUUUUCGUGAAGCGUGGCCUGAUUAUCACCGCCGUUGCCAGAGCCGAGCCGGAGAAAAUUGAUGAAGAUGAAGCCAAGAAGGAAGUUGACAAAGGUUUUAAUUCAUUGCUUAAGGAUGAUUUAGCGUCAGAACGUCAGCAGAAAGCUAGCCAGUUGAAAAAAAGGGUUGUCUUUGGACUUGGCAUUGGAAUUUCAGCUGGAGGUGUGGUGUUGGCUGGUGGAUGGGUUUUCACAGUGGCCCUUGCUGCUGCUGUUUUUGUUGGUUCAAGAGAAUAUUUUGAGCUGGUUAGGAGUCGUGGAAUUGCUGCAGGAAUGACGCCUCCUCCCCGAUAUGUAUCCAGAGUUUGCUCUCUUAUAUGCACUCUUAUGCCUAUUCUCACACUAUACUUCGGCCAAAUUGAUGUUUCUGUGACUUCUUCGGCUUUUGUCGUUGCUAUGAUAUUGCUUUUACAGAGAGGAAAUCCUCGUUUUGCGCAGCUCAGUAGUGCCGUGUUUGGGCUAUUUUAUUGUGGCUAUCUUCCUUGUUUUUGGGUGAAACUUCGAUGUGGUUUAGCAGCCCCGGCACUCAAUACAAGAGUGGGAGCAUCAUGGCCUAUGCUUCUUGGUGGUCGAACUCUGUGGACAGUGGGUCUUGUGGCUACCUUGAUUUCGUUCAGCAGCAUAAUUGCAGCAGAUACUUAUGCUUUUUUCGGUGGCAAGAUAUUUGGCCGGACACCACUUACUAAUAUUAGUCCAAAGAAGACCUGGGAGGGAGCUGUUGCAGGCUUAAGUGGUUGUAUAGCCACUUCUGUUUUAUUAUCAAAGGUUCUUGGUUGGCCGACAUCAGUGCCCAGUGCUAUUGCUUUUGGGGUUCUGAACUUCUUUGGAUCUCUUUUUGGUGACCUUACUGAGUCAAUGAUCAAACGUGAUGCGGGUGUUAAGGACUCAGGGUCCCUCAUACCUGGACAUGGUGGAAUAUUAGAUAGGGUGGACAGCUACAUAUUUACAGGUGCACUUGCAUAUUCCUUUGUCAAAACCAUGUUACCACUUUAUGGAGUUUGACAUCAAACCUACAAUUAGUGCCGUGUGAAAAAAGGAAAUUUUCUGUUCAAUUCAUUCGGUGUAUCUUUGAGCAACACACAUGCAAAUAUUCAAGAACUUGGAUGAAUAUCGGAUAUGACAAAGUCGUUGAUGUCUCUUGAAUCCAACAGAAGGGAAACCGUAAUCAAAUUAGCUGUUCCACCCAGAUUGCAAAGUGACACCUGCGCUCGAUGUCAAGAAAACACUUUUUCUUCAAGAAUGAGAUAAGAAUUGUCCACCUGACAACAUGGCCAUUUUGUUUUCUAACAUAGAUUCUGUAAAUAUAUGUGAUAGAAGGACUUUUGGCUGUUGGAUGAUGGAAUUUUGCCUGCGAGGCUAAUGCCGCCUUGAGAGUGUUAAUUUCUUACAUGUCUAUUCUGUAAGCAUGGAAAACAACGAAUAAGUGGCAUUGUAAGUUCGGUUUUUUAUUUUCUGGAUGAAUAACUGCCUUUUUUUGAAUAUGUGAUAACCAAAUGAAAAUUCGCAAAAGACUUGUUUACGAUAGGUGUCCUG